AAAUGUUUAUUUCAAAAUAAGACUAACACGGUGUUAACAAUAAAUUACUAGACAGAUUUUCAUUAAAGAUGAUAACCCUGUCACUGCUCACCUUGACCUUGGCCACAGUGUCCGGUGGCCCGAGUUGGAACUUCACCAGUCCUCCGGCCACUAAACACGACACGAAACAAGAAAAAUUGAACUACACGCUGGACAAUGAUGGAUUCAAUGCGAUCAUCAAUGCACUGAACAACGAUAUCACCUUGACGAAAUUUCGGCUCAUACCUCCGAAAAUGACACUGACCUACUCCGAUGCCCUAAUUCCAUAUCAUAGUUGGAUCAAGCCUUGUGCGCCCAAACCAGGUCAAAACCUACUGGACUGUUCGAGCUACACUGAUCCGUAUGCCACUUGCUUCUUAUUUGUUGACCUUCCAUGCAAGGCGAAACCAGGUCAUUCCAGAUGGGAAGCGAACAUGCUAAUGGACAUCACAGUUAAGAAAGAAACACACUCAAACAACUCUAUCUUUACUAUAGACGACUGUCGGGUUUUCUGCUUGGAUAUAGGCUAUUACGAUGAGGAUAUGUAUAACGGCGGGAAUGGUAUUUCUUACGAGAUUACUGGGAUUAUAGCUGCAAUCGUCGUGAAAGCCGGCUUUUGGGUGAUUGCAGGUGGGAUCUAUAUUUGCUAUAGAAGGACAUAAGGACUUCAUAUUAUCUAGCAGGAGUUUUAUAGUGUCCCACCAAGCAAGCCUGUACUGACGAUUUGUUCCGUUUAUAAAUACUUCCACUUGCCCAGUUUUAUUUAAUAAAGUCGGUGUUUAGAUUGUAAUUUAAAACCAUUUAUUUUAUGAGGAAAUUACGUCUAUGCUUUUAUUAAAGAA